AGUGAAGUGCUGUGAAUACUUUCCGGAUGCACUGUAUAGAGUUAUAUAUACGUAUAAUAUAUAAUAAUAAUAAUAAGUACUUAUGAAUACAUAAACUGGUUACUAUAAAUUCUAUUACAAGUGCAUUUAUAAUUCAUGAAGUUUUUAUAGGUUGUAGUUCCCCAGAUACACUUUCCUUCAUUUUGUGUUCCUUGGGUGAAUGGAGUGCUGCUAAAUUUAGGAGGCACAGCCCUGUCCUGUUUUUUUCUGACUGAAUUAUGGUCUGUUGUGUCUGGAUGCCAUAAAAGUCCAUGUUUCAUCAAAAGAACACAACACACUGUGCCCUCAACGUUCAUGCUGGCAUUUGUACCCUUUCUAAAGCUCAUUGUGCAAUAUUGAAUAUGGAUAUGGGAAUACAGAACCACAUCAAAGACAUAGAUUCAUCCAACUUUAAUUCAACCUUUAAUUACUUAGUUUGCUAACAUACUACUGGUCACAACCCAAUUAUAUAUAAAAUCUAACAGACUAUUGAAUCUGUGACUAUUUUAUUGAAAAUUCAUAAAGCUACAGUGCAUGAAUAGAUUUGAUGUGUAAUAGUUUGCGAUUAUAAUAAUGAGUGUAAGUGGAGGGAAGAAGAAGAGAUAAAGGCUGAUAUUAUGCAUUUUUGUUCACUUGAUGUGAAUUUUAAUGCAGGUCAGGCUGCAUAAUCUCUUGCCAGUUGUUUAAUUCAAAAUUCUAUUCAUCUGCAACACAUAAUUACCAAGCUGAAACUCUCUACUGGAAUAAAAAAAAAAAAAACAUAAUACAAUAAUUUGCUAAAAAAUCUCUAUGAUAACAAAGCCUUAGCACAGUAUGACUGCUGCUGCUGCCUCUUUGCACUGUACUUAAUUCUAUUUCUCUGUUGUGAUGUCAUGCCUGGCUUGUGUGUGUGUGCAUAUGUGUGUCCUUCUGGCUGCUGUAGUCUUUUUGUCAUGCAUAGGCAGGGUUGAAUAUCAAGAUGCAAACAGAUCUCAAAGAAUAGCUCGAGGUCACUCCUUCCCAAAUUCUUGCUCUCUCUAUCCAUCUGCUCUCGUGGGCUUUUUUCUUCUCUCUCAACAUAUAUUACUGAUCAGGAAACUGUGAGAAAUGAACAGUGAGUGAAAGAGAGAGUGGGGGAAAAGAGCGCAAGAUCCAUUGGGGAAAGUGGGAGUAGAGUGUAGAAAAGAGCUGAGCGGAGAGGAUCAGAGUACCCUGACUUUGUAGCGAGAGCUCAGCAGCGCGUGGAGAGUUGAAUCGUGACGUGGUAGAAUGAGGAGUUUCUUCCGAUGUGAUCAGUCUCCAGUACACGCUCAGAAGCGCUCCCUCAUGCACACAUUAUGACAUCUCUUCUAACCAAUACUGCUCUUCUGUAGAGAGCACUGGGUCAUGCCUGCCUACUGGAAAGCAAUUAUAUCUUUCUACUAUCUCUACAACUGCUUCUGUCAGCAUCUGGGCUGACAAGGACGGGAAUUACCUGGAGAAACAAUAUUUAAUUUAAAGAGGGGAAACCCCGUUAGUACCUGCUGUGAGGAGAUUUUAGGACAUCUUGAGCUCCCCCUCAUUGGGUUAAGCCUGCCCAUUGUAUUUUAUCGGCACCAUGCAGGUCUCUUUUGUGUGCACAGACCACCGGGCUGUAAGCCGUAGUACAGAGGAUCGGUUGAAUCGGCAGAACGCCAGUAGCCCCAGCCUGGGCACCAAGAAUAAGUUUCGCACUGUGGCCAUGGUGGCACGCAGCCUGGGCCAGCUCUCUGUGCAAAACCUUCCUUCAUCCAGUGAACACUACGUCCGGAACGGCAUGAAAUAUAGAAACCUUGGAAAGUCUGGCUUACGGGUGUCAUGUCUAGGGCUGGGCACAUGGGUAACCUUUGGAGGUCAAAUCACAGAUGAGAUAGCAGAGCAGUUAAUGACGCUGGCAUAUGAAAAUGGGAUCAACCUGUUUGACACAGCUGAGGUGUAUGCUGCGGGCAAGGCCGAAGUAGUUCUUGGCAGUAUCAUAAAGAAGAAAGGAUGGAGACGCUCCAGUUUGGUUAUUACCACCAAGAUCUACUGGGGUGGAAAAGCAGAAACAGAAAGAGGAUUGUCAAGAAAGCAUAUAAUAGAGGGUCUGAAAGCGUCUUUGGAGAGACUGCAGCUAGAAUAUGUUGAUGUGGUAUUUGCUAAUAGACCGGAUCCCAACACACCGAUGGAAGGAAAUCCAUUUAGCACCUCAAAAACAAGAACAUUCAUCAUAGAAGAGACGGUCCGAGCCAUGACCCAUGUGAUUAACCAAGGAAUGGCCAUGUACUGGGGAACAUCUCGCUGGAGCUCAAUGGAGAUCAUGGAAGCAUACUCGGUGGCACGGCAGUUUAACCUUAUCCCCCCAAUCUGUGAGCAGGCUGAGUACCACAUGUUCCAGAGGGAGAAAGUAGAGGUUCAGCUGCCUGAGCUUUUCCACAAGAUAGGUGUGGGAGCCAUGACAUGGUCCCCUCUGGCUUGUGGGAUAAUCUCAGGGAAGUAUGAUAGCGGCGUGCCCCCGUCCUCACGUGCCUCUCUGAAGGGCUACCAGUGGUUGAAGGACAAGAUCCUGAGUGAGGAAGGCCGGCGUCAGCAGGCAAAGCUGAAAGAGCUGCAGGCCAUCGCAGAGCGGCUCAGCUGCACGUUACCCCAGCUGGCCAUUGCGUGGUGUCUAAGGAACGAGGGAGUGAGCUCUGUGCUGCUAGGUGCAUCCAGCACCGAUCAACUCAUGGAGAACAUAGGAGCCAUCCAGGUUCUAUCAAAGUUGUCAUCCUCAAUCAUUCAUGAGGUGGAUAGUAUUCUAGGAAACAAGCCAUACAGUAAAAAGGACUACAGGUCCUAAAGGGACUCUUUCUCUGCUCACUGUCCUUUUGCUCCUACAUCUGCUUGAGCUUUAACUGAAUGAGACUUUGGCUCAUGGGACCGGACCUGGCACAGUUGCAGUUUGUGCUGGAGAUACCAACUCACACUGAGUCUACUGACUCAACUAAGAAGAAUUAAAUGUCUUCAGAAUUGCAAAGGGAGGAACAAUCAUCGACAAAAUCAGCUGGACCAGCUCGACAAGCAGAACGCUCCUUUAACUCACAGAGGCUCCUCUGAAAUAUGCUUUUUCCCUUUUAGGAAUGUUCUAGUAAACACAUAGGUUUCCAGAGAAAGUCUGUAGGUAUUCUAUAAAUUGCAUGUGAUUCACAGGCCUAGACACAUGCUUUUUGUCCUUUCUCUUGGAAAUAUAACCAUUUAAAAAAUGCUUUUAGAAAAUAGUUAGUAUACUGUAUCAUUUCUAAGAGCAUUGGUUGUGUAUUUCAGCCACUGGUAAAUUUGUAGGGGAAUUAAACAGUGCAUUUGUGAAGGACAGUUAAGUAGAAAUUUCAUGCCUUUCACCUUUUGUUCUUCAGUGUCUCUAAAUGGAGGUGGAGGUUGGAUACUUUUCUCAUACAUAGACUAAAGCUUAACCUUAACAGCUGUAGUGAUGCCACAUCCUUUUUACAUCCAUUAGAGAUUCCUAAACUUUGGAUCAUGUGAGUAGAACAGUUUUUAAAUUAGUCAGAUUGAAAUAAAGAUUUAAGAUUAGCAUAUAACUAUCACAAUUUAUUUCUUAACUAGCUUGACAAGUAGCUCUAGUGGAAACAGCAAAAAUAUUGGACAGUAACUGCAUUCUGUGUAGUUAGGAUGCAAGUGAACAUCUUAAAUAUUACUAUAUGCACAUUUCUCGGAGUUCACUGAGGGAACGCCAAAGAAUUCUUAUUAUGUAUCUAUUCUCCUCUAUUUCACUCUUAUUCUUACAUAUUGGAAGCACAAAUACACCCAAAUAGGGAUGCUUAUUUAGCAGGGACAUACAAUAUAAAAAUACUCUUUUAUUAAUAUUAGGUCUAAUAUACAGAGAAAUAUAAUUAUGUAUAAUUAACCUUUUGUAUUAUUAAUUAAUUCACUGUCUGAUUUGCCUUAAUGUCACGUAUUGGGAAACUCUGGACUCCACUAACAUUGGUGGCAUCCUGACGCCCCAGUUAUCCAUCCUGGCGAUCUGCUGCUUCUGAUUGUAGGUCUUUCGUUCUGUCACAAUUCGAGGUUGAGCCAGAAGCAGGUGCAGAUAAUGCCAUUUAUUGAAGGAAACGUACUAAGAAACGAAUACACUAUGACAACUGGGAAACACACUGUGGCAAGAAACAAACACUAAGACUUAAACAACAUGAAUCUAAGACUACCUGGCAGAAUACUGUGGCAAAACUAAACAUAAACUAACAAGAUCAAGAAACAUGGAUCACAGGGGUCUAAGACAACGAAAGACAAGCUAAUAGUGCAGACAAGGACUAUAUAUACACAUGAGUGCUCAUUAACCAAAACAUGAAUCAGGUGCAGGUGGUCAUGUGACAACUAGAGCAGUGCAGUGGCUGAUGGGAAGUGGAGUCCAGAGUUUCCCGAUACGUGACACUUAAUGCUCAAAAUUUAAAGUAAUUUUAUGUUUUAAAUUUCUCAUUAAAUAUAUCACAUUUCGCAUAUGAAUUUCAAAUAUCAAAUAUUUCACAUAUGAAUAUAUCAAACAUAGAUUUAUAACAAACCUUUCUACUGUGUUUAUGGAUUGGGCUUUUUGGGACUGGUAGUGUUUAUGCUUGUCUUUUCAUUUUGAAAGAUAAGGCUGAAGCACACUUAGAAAAAUGUUUUCAAGAGGUUCUCAUUGAUUUUCUGAUUGAUUUUUACUCCAACAAUAAUGUUUACAUAUUGGAGUUGCUUGUUUUUUUCUGGUUGAAUAUUUCAAGUGUUGUUUGUAUGGCCAGUGGCUCCCUCUGCUGAGCAGUGACGCUCUUUAAUGAAGCCAUAAACCUGCAGCACCACCAAAACCACUCACCAAACAUGCAUGAAAACAGGCCCAUGUACUUGUAUGUGUACAGUCCAAUUAAGUCCCGCACAAUAACAUCUGCUGAUUUAUUAUCACUUAAAUAUGAUACUUUUUGCAUCAUAUACCAUUAUGCGCAUCUUGUAUACAACUGAAAAGUGAAUUAGAGCUCAUUAGAGGCUCACUGUGAAGGAUCAGUUUCUAUUUUAUAUUUGACUGCUAAUAGGUUACAGUGAAGCCCAAAUUAAGUGGCUGAAGGUUAUAACCCCCCCACCCAAAAAAAAAAGAAUGUGCUUGUUUAAGCUUUUUAAGAUCACUUUAGGCAAAGCAAAUAGCGGAACAACAUUGAUUUCACCGUUGCCUCUGCCUGCUACAUAUGCUGAUAACAUUUACUAUAAAACGUUAAUGUCAAAGGCAAUCAUAUGAGCUAAAGUCCUUAUUGUAAUUUGCAUCACAUUGCUAUUCAUCCAAUCUGGACAUCAGUAUUACUGUAAUUGGCAUUAAAGCUCAUGGCAACACCAUAAUGGUCUGUGAAAGAGAAUUUACUGUGUAUUUGCACUUCCACAGUAGGCAAUUAACAUCUGAUUAUUGGCAGUUGGAGCCAUGUGUGUGCAGCAAAAGUCUGAUGAUAGUUAUGAUGCAUGUCAUUAAAAUCUAAAACAGCUUAUUAUUUGCUCAUGGUUUUUCUUAAAGGAUGAUUUUUUUUUUCAGCUCAACUUAAGUGCCAUUGACAUUACAUGCACAAAGUUGUCACUUAUUUUUUGUUUCAUUUUGGAUGAUGGGAUGAUUUGAUUCCGCAGUCUGACCUCUAUGUACUGUACUGGUUUUAACAUGUGAUUUAUUUAGCCUCAGGUACCAUUUCUUACAUUGUGCUUGGCAGAAAAUAUGUACAGCUUAAAACUAAUGAAAAUAAACCAUAUUAAAAAUGCACUG